AGCUAUGGCGCUUUGGAGGAGAAGCUCGCGGCUCAACGCCUCGGCGACGCCCAUUCUCCAGCAACGGCGCAAUGCGCAAAUCCUCUUCCCCGACAUGGACGUGGAUCCGCCCUACGGUGGCUGCGCGAUCGACACGCAGCUGGAGCGGCGCCUCGAUCGCUUGGCCAGGGAGAAGGAGAGGAUCGCCAGGGAUUACGCCAGAUCCGCCGCGCAGGGCACUCGAAUGUCCUUCCGGCGUGAGUCCGACAAGUACAUGAGGCCUUAUUUUUUGAUCAUCGACUUCCCCAAGCGAUCCAUCCACGCCAAGAUCGUCCACAGUGCGCAGCACACGACGGUGGCAUCCGUGGGCACCAAUUCCCGGGAUUUGAAGGCGUUCCUGCCGGACAAGACCGAUCUGGCGGCGUGCCGCUUCACGGGCGAGCUCCUGGCUCGCCGCGCCAAGGAGGCGGAUUGCUACGCUGUGGCCUUCAGUGGAUCGCGGGUGGAGGGGAGGCUGGCAGUGGUGAUCGACUCGCUGGUGGACUGUGGGAUCAGUGUCUACCGCAUGGAUCGAGAGAUUUUGCUGAGCAGAGAGCCCGAGGUGGGUAAAAAUUCUUCUUUUAGUUCUAGGUAGGAUUAAAAAGUAGCAAGUGCUCUUUGCGAGAUUUUCCUCCAUACUGGUACGUAAACUUGAAAGUUUCGAUCGUCCUA